AUGGCAAAUGGUCUGAAAUCAGCCAUACACAAAGUGGAUCAUCUCUUCCACCACCACCAUCAUAAUCAUCAGCACCAUCGAAAGGAAACCAAGGACAAGAGCACACCUAAUGGAAGUGGUGGACGAUCGACCCCUACAGCUACGGUCGAUUACGCGAGUCAGCGGGCUGCGAGGAAGAAAGAACGCGCGCUGAAGAAAGCCGAGAGGGAUCGGAAGAGGAAAGAUGCGGGAAAGGUGGUUGAGAGCGCCAAGAAGGAACGGUUGGAGGCUUUCCAGAGGGCUUAUGAGGAAGAUCCCGCGAGGAGAAAUUUCGGAUAUAUCCCUCAUGAUGGGAGGUUAAGAGCGGAACAGAUCGCUAGACAGGACAUUUCAACUGUCACCCAGUCGUCCAUUGGACAAGUCGUUUCGUUCCGUGCACGUAUACAUACAUGUAGACCAAUGAGUUCCAAGUUAGCAUUCUUCGUCCUUCGCCAACACGCCACAACUCUCCAAGGAGUCCUUCGUACAUCCCCGCCCAACCCACCCUCAGAAACUCAUCAUGUAGAUGUAUCGGAAUUAAUGGUUCGAUUCGCAGAGAGGUUACCGCGGGAGACGAUCGUACUCGUUCAGGGGAUUGCGAAGAAACCCGUUCAGGAUGUGAAGAGCGCCGAUGCCCACGAUGUUGAGAUUUUGCGAUUUUGCGUUCUUCUGCGUGGGAUCUGGGGUUAUAACGUUUGUGCCCGAGGUGCCCGAGCCGCUGAGUCAGGGCUUGUUGUGCUGCGGUAUUGGGUUGGCCGUUGCCCGAAGUUGUUCGUUCUUGCCGAGGUCACUGAAUCUCCGCCGUUCCACGUGGAGGACGCUGCACGACCUCUCAAGGCGGCUGAAGAAGGCAAGCCGACUGUUAACGUCCAGACUAAACUCGCCAAUCGUGCCAUCGACCUCCGUACCCCCGCUUCCCAAUCCAUCUUUCGCAUUCAGUCUGCCAUAUGUAAACUCGUUCGCGAAUACCUUGACGACAAAGGGUUCAUGGAGAUUCACUCCGCUAAACUUCAGGGUAGCGCUACUGAAUCGGGAGCCUCCGUUUUCAAAGUGGAUUACUUCAAGCGAGCUGCUUACUUGGCUCAGAGCCCACAGACGUCCAAGGAAAUUGCCAUCGGUGCAGACUUUGAACGUGUGUACGAGAUCGGACCCGUUUUUCGAGCGGAGAACUCGAACACUCAUCGACAUAUGACGGAGUUUACGGGGAUCGAUCUCGAGAUGGCUAUCGAACACGAUUAUCACGAGGCGAUGUGGAUCAUUGAUGGGUUGUUGAAGCAUGUGUUUAAGGGGUUGAACGAAAAGUACGAGGAUGUGAUCGAGAAGGUAAAGGCGCAAUUUCCUCACGAGACGUUCGUUUUUCCGGAGAAGACGAUCGUUCUUACGUUCAAGGAAGGCGUGAAGCUGUUAAGGGAGGAUGGAUGGGGUCUUACGCCUGAUAAGGAGGUGGAUGAAUACGAGGAUCUGUCAACGAGAGCUGAAGUUCGGUUGGGACAACUUGUGAAGGAGAAGUAUGGGACGGAUUAUUACAUCAUCGACAAGUUCCCCAGAUCUGCGCGACCGUUCUAUACGAUGCCUGAUCCGGACGACCCGAAUUUCACGAAUGCGUUCGAUAUAUUCUGUCGUGGGGAGGAGAUAUUAUCGGGUGGACAGAGAUUGCACUCUGCGAUCGCGAUGGAUGGGUCUAUGAGGAAGAAUGGGAUCGAUCCGAAGGAUAUGCAAGAGUACAUUGAUGCGUACAAGUGGGGGAUGCCUCCUCAUGCAGGCGGAGGAAUCGGAUUGGAGAGGUUGACGAUGUUGUUCUUGGGGCUUGGGAACAUUAGAGCUGCGAGCAUGUUCCCUAGGGAUCCGAGAAGCUUUGCGGGAAAUCCGUUGGUUACGGAUGUGGGGAAGGGUGUUAUCGUGUCGGCUAGGAUGCCCGUUCCUACGAAGGGUGUGCCGGCUUUCGAUGAGCCGGAUAGUUUGAGUAAAGAUCCGUUGUUUAAACCUGAGGAACAUCCUACACUUCCAGACCUUAUCUCCACGUAUGGGGAUAGUACCAAUACGGCUUGGUUGGACAUUAUGUACGAAGUCUGGCGGUACGGGCCUACUGGCGCUGCUAUUGGCUUCGUCGAUUCGAAGGGCUUCGCUGUUACUUGGGGAGUCCCGCUCUGCCCCAAAGAAGACCACGCUAAAGUCGUCGCGGCUUACCUCACAUGGCUCCACGAAGAACGUCAUCUUAAACCUGUCUGGCUAGCGACAGAUCAACGUACGGAGAAGUUCCUCGCUGAUGCACAUGGAUGGCGUGUGUUGUCUGUUAUUUCGGAACAGAGGGUUGAAAUGGGAGGGGAUUUGACUGUUGGGGAUAAGAAUGUCCAGAGGAAGAGAGCGAAGGCCGAGAAAGAUGGACUGAAGUUUAUUGUUAUUGAUGAUGAGAUUACGCCGGAGCUGCAAGGGGAGUUGGAGAAGGCUAUUAGGGCUUGGCAAACGGGAAGGAAGGGGACUCAGAUCCACACGACGAAUGUCCGUCCUUUCGCAGAUGUCAAGCACCGCAGUUACUUCAUUGCUCGAGAUGGCAACGGAACGCUCGCGGGUCUCGUCGUUCUUGCUCAGCUUGCCCCCCAGAACGGAUAUCAAAUCAAAUGGUCUCUUGCUUUCCCCGAUUCUCCACCUGGAACAUCUGAGUUCCUUAACUCUCACGUCAUGGAGGAGAUGCGCAAGACGGGUGUUUCUCGUGCGACGUUUGGCGUUGGAGCUGCAGAUAAAAUGGAAGCUGUGGAGAAUUUGAGUGGGUUUAGGACAAAGGCGCUUGCGGAGGCGUACAGCUCAAUCGCGAAAGCGUUCCAUCUUACUAAUAAGAGUGAUUAUCGACGGAAGUUUGGAGCGAUAGACGAGGCUCUUUACGUCGCUUAUCCGAAGGGUGGUCUUGGUUUGAAGGGCAUCGAAGCCAUCAUCAAUUCUGUGCGGGACAAGCCAAAGAAGGCCGAGAAGAAGAUGCGGAAGGAGAAGCUCAAGGGUAGCGAUUCAGCCAAGUCCGAGAAGACAAAUACGGACACGAGCGACACUUCUGUCCCGUCGUUGAACAUUACGGGAACCGGUCUCAGUAGUUCUACUCCCACUCCGAGCGCCCGCUAGUCUUGGGGAACCAGUCAGGCAUGGUAUAUUUAUUCACGUGGUUGACCUGAGGGGAAGGAAUGGGUAGUGUCCGCGGUUUCAGGUCAUUCGUCUGGCUAAAUUUUGACCAGACGUUCUGGAACUGGUAGCUGCCAUUUGCUUCCCCUUGACCUUGUUUCUUUUUCCGCUCCUCUCUUCAACUUGUAUCUGGUUAGCUCUGGUUGUAUGAACUUCUCGCCUUGUUGUGCAUGUCUCUGGUGGGUUUGGCUGCGCCUCUUCCGCUCUGUAUAUGGAACCACCCAAAUCG